CUUCAGAAACGACAUGCCAUCAUCUCACGGUGGAAUCCAGCUUCAUUCGUUAAUAUUUCUGCAUGUAGCACUAAUAAUCCUAUCACCGUCAGAUGCAGUAACCCUGACUGGGUCGUCUGAGUACGCUGUCCUUGGGACUGAGUUUACACUGACGUGUGAUGUACCAGAUGAGGCCAGUCUUGUCCAGUUUUACCGCCGUCCUAACGUCACUACUACAGUAGGUGGUAUACAAGUAGCUGGUGACCAAUGUUACAACUCCAAAGCCAGCCCCGCCGUCCCCUGUACACCGGAUGUCUGUUCCUGUGUAACGUCUGGAGGCCUUGGUACAGUGUUCCGGUGGAUCAUACAGCCACAGACGGGAGACCAUGGAUCUGUGUGGUACUGUACACGUAUUCUACCUGACCCAAGUCUGGAGAGUGCUGAUUAUACACUAAACGUGGCAGACGGCCCCGGCACCUCCAUAACUCUGUCCCCGUCGGACACUACCUACACCAGGACAGAGGGGGACACGUUACCGGACAUCACCUGUACAGCGGACUGUAGACCUGGCUGUACCUUUGUCUGGACACGACCGGACAACAUCAACUUUACUGUCUCACCUGUGUUGUCACUGGGACAACUGGACAGAUCAGAACACGGGACGUACAGGUGUAUUGCUAGGAACGUUGUCGGGGAGUCGACUAUGACAACAAGUGUUACUGUACAGUACGGACCAUCCACCGUAAGUCUGACUCCACCAACUGUGACCUACACUCCUACAGAGGGACAGACUAUCCCCACCAUCACGUGUUCUGCUGACUGUAACCCGGUCUGUACCUACAGCUGGACAAAGGAUGGACAGUCCUAUACAACAGGGUCAGGUCUCCAACUCACCAACAUACAGCGUGGUCAGGGGGGCGUGUACAGGUGUACGGCCAGUAAUGGGUACGGGAGUGACGUCAGCGUCAAUGUCAACGUCAUUGUAGAUUACGGCCCCGGUACCUCCAUAGCUCUGUCCCCGCCCGACACUAUCUACAGCAGGACAGAGGGGGACACGUUACCGGACAUCACCUGUACAGCGGACUGUAGACCUGGCUGUACCUAUGUCUGGACACGACCGGACAACACCAACUUUACUGUCUCAUCUGUGUUGUCACUGGGACAACUAGACAGAUCAGAACACGGGACGUACAGAUGUACUGCUAGAAAUGUUGUCGGGGAGUCGACUGUAUUGACCAGUGUUACCGUACAGUACGGCCCCGGUACCUCCAUAGCUUUGUCUCCGCCCGACACUACCUACACCAGGACAGAGGGGGACACGUUACCGGACAUCACCUGUACAGCGGAUUGUAGACCUGGCUGUACAUUUGUCUGGACACGACCGGACAACACCAACUUUACUGUCUCACCUGUGUUGUCACUGGGACAGCUGGACAGAUCAGAACCCGGGACGUACAGGUGUACUGCUUGGAAUGUUGUCCGCGAGUCGAUUAGUCCCACAAGUGUCUUGAUACAGUAUGGUCCCGGUACCUCCAUAGCUCUGUCUCCGCCGGAUUCUAUCUACACCAGGACAGAGGGUGACACGUUACCGGACAUCACCUGUACAGCGGACUGUAGACCUGGCUGUACCUUUGUCUGGACACGACCGGACAACACCAACUAUACUGUCUCACCGGUGUUGUCACUGGGACAACUGGACAGAUCAGAACACGGGACGUACAGGUGUACUGCUAGGAAUGUUGUCGGGGCGUCCAUAAUAACAAUCAGUAUUACAGUGCAGUAUGGUCCUGGUUCCUCGCUCGUAUUAUCACCACAGGAGACCAAGUAUACCAGGACAGAGGGUGACACGUUACCGGACAUCACCUGUACAGCGGACUGUAGACCUGGAUGUAUCUUUGUCUGGACACGACCGGACAACACCAACUUUACUGUCUCACCUGUGUUGUCACUGAGACAACUAGACAGAUCAGAACACGGGACGUACAGGUGUACUGCAUGGAAUGAUGGAGGGGAGUCGACUAAAGUGAUAAAUGUUACUGUGAAAUGUUAG